CACUGCCGCUUCGUCACUUUUGGCGGGGUCUGGUUUUAGGGUUUCUGCUUCUCGCUCAUCAGAUAUCAAACACACACAGCGGCGCAAGGGAAGAGUUUCUCUGCACAAAUGGCCCCGAAAAGAGGUGUGAAAGCACCCGCGGCACCUGCAAAAAAGAAACCGGAGAAGGUUGUGAACCCAUUGUUUGAGAAGCGUCCGAAGCAGUUUGGUAUCGGAGGGGCAUUGCCUCCAAAGAAAGAUUUGCAUAGGUUUGUGAAAUGGCCAAAGGUUGUUCGCAUCCAAAGGCAGAGGCGGAUUCUUAAGCAGAGGUUGAAAGUUCCACCUGCAUUGAACCAGUUCACAAAGACACUUGAUAAGAACCUUGCAACAAGUCUCUUCAAGAUGCUUCUGAAGUACAGGCCCGAGGAUAAAGCUGCAAAAAAGGAGCGCCUUCUUAAGAGGGCUCAGGCUGAAGCUGAAGGAAUGACUGUUGAGGUUAAGAAGCCCAUUGUUGUGAAGUAUGGACUCAACCACGUCACCUACCUUAUUGAGCAGAACAAGGCACAAUUGGUUGUAAUUGCACAUGAUGUGGAUCCAAUAGAGCUAGUUGUCUGGCUUCCAGCCUUGUGCAGGAAAAUGGAGAUUCCCUACUGCAUUGUGAAGGGAAAAUCACGCCUGGGAGCGAUUGUCCACAAGAAAACUGCAGCAGCACUGUGCUUAACGACAGUCAAGAACGAAGAUAAGUUGGAGUUCAGCAAAAUUUUAGAGGCUAUCAAGGCCAACUUCAACGACAAGUAUGAUGAAUAUCGGAAGAAGUGGGGAGGUGGUAUCAUGGGUUCCAAAUCCCAGGCCAGAACAAAGGCAAAGGAGAAGCUUCUUGCCAAGGAAGCUGCCCAAAGAAUGACCUAGGACCGGGUAUUAUAUAUGAAGUUAGAUGGGGAUUUUGCUACUCGUUUUAGAUUUUCAUUGGUAUUUCAGAUACGCAAUUUUAUGACACUGUUCAUACCUCAUAUCGCUUGGACUUUUUUCUCUUAUUGUUCCCCCUGCUUUGCGAUAAACUAUCCGAUUAUUGCGGACAGUCGAAAGGGUUUUCAAGGUGUCCCUUUGGCAUUCUGAACCUUAUUAGUACGUCAUAUGUCUCUUUCCCUGGCAUUGAUGGGGGAUUCUAA